GUUGACUUAUUUUACUAUUUUCAUCAAUUCAUAUUUGCCAUCUUUUUAAAGCAUCACUGUAAACUGCACCAGCUGCACCAUCUCCACUGCGAGCUUCGUCUUCUACUGAAGCUUCUACCCCACACUCCUCUCCCAUUACCGUCACACCUAUUUCAUCACCUCACACCCCAUCCUCUCCAUCUCACAGCCCUCCAUAUCAAAAAGAGCAAAUCUCAGCAAAGAUGGCUUCCGAUCUAGACACCCUAAUUGACAUGGGCUUUGAGCGGGCUCGGGCUGAGCUCGCCGUCAAAAAGUCCGGAGGACUACAGGGAGCUCUGCAGUGGCUAGAAGACAACCAGGACAAGUCACUCGAGGAGAUUCAAGCUGCUCAGGCCGCGGCCCAAGAUGACGACGAGGACGAGGAUGAGACCAAGGCAAAGAUUGCCGAGCUGGAAACAGGCCAGUCCGCCAAGUCUCUCAUCUGCAACGAGUGCGGGAAGCGGUUUAGAAACCACGAUUUGGCCAGUUUCCAUGCCAGCAAGACUGAGCAUACAGACUUCUCCGAGUCAACGGAGGAAAUUGCGCCUUUGACCGAGGAGGAGAAAAAGGCAAAGCUUGAGGAGCUGAGAGAACGACUCAAGGCGAAGAAAGCUUCUCGGGCUGACCAAGACAAGGAGGAUGCAAAGCGUAACGAGAAAAUUCGACAAAAGUCUACAAAGGAGACUCAAGAAGCAAAGGAAGAGCUGGCCCGCAAGGAGCAGAUCAAGGAGGCUAUGCAAAAGCGCAAAGAGAAGCUCGAGGAGGCCGAAGCCAAGAAGCGCAUCAAGGCCAAGAUCGAAGAGGACAGAGCCGAGCGCCGCCGCAAAGCCGAGGAAGCAAAGGCUGCUCGUGAAGGCAGAGCGCCUGAGGCUGCAUCUUCAUCGUCCGCUGCUCCCGUUGCUGCAGCUGCACCCCCACGACCCAAGGCAGAUCACACGGAGGCGAAGCUGAAGCUGCAAACAGACUCGGGGAACAUCAUGAAGACGCUGCCGGCAGAGACGACGCUGUUUGAGCUUGCGCAACAGCUGCAGAGCGAGACUGGCACGCCAGUGACGACAUUUACGACAACAUUUCCCAGGAAGACAUUCCAAGGAGAUGUGGACAUGUCCAAGACGCUCAAGGAAGCAGGACUCGUGCCUUCAUCUGUGCUCAUUGUAAAAUAGACUGGCAUAGUCUUCUGUACUAUAUCAAGGCAAGGUACGAGAAGGGAUACAAAGCUGCGGCGAUGAAACAAGCAGCCUUGGGAUGGACGCAAUCCGCUUUAAUCUUGAGCCAAGGGUAACAUUCUCGAGCGCUUUCGUCAGUAGAUAUAGCGUCCGUCAUUACGGGGACUCCCAAUCUCGAGCAGCUCGGGCCCCAUUUGCGCAGUUUCACAGCAAAUAGGCAAUGGAUGCAUGCACGUGCAAAAAUUCAAGAUUUGUCAAAAAAUUUCUUUUUGUUCUUCCCAAGUCAUUUAAUUGACUAUUUGUCCCCUCCCCGCGUGAACUCCGUCGUGUGAGAGCAUUCAUCAUAUUAUCCUUAUGAACGAAGCUACUCUGCCCAGGACGCAGGAUAUAGGCGCCCACUCCAUCCUGUAUGCAUCCAUCGAUGUGUAUAAAGACCCCGAAGUGCCAUGCAGUUGAAGUACAAAGAAGCAAGAGAAAAAA